UGCUAGUUUUGAGCUAUCAUCACACUAGUUCCAAUCUUAACCUCUCUCCGCAAUAGCUCUUUUAUGUAACACACUGUCAGCAAGGUCCGAGAGCAGUCGUGUGUAUAGCUAUAAAAACAAUUUCUUACAUUCGCACCAAAACACGAAUGAAGGACUGUACGUGUCAACCUGCUUGAACAUCCUCUCGCAGGUUAGGCCUUCGCCCAAAAUCAAUCGCAAGUUUCGCCUCUCGAUCAUCGUUUGACACUUUAUUCGGCCGAGUCGGCGACAAUCAGUCGAGCUGAUUUCUCUAAACCCUUUUCCAGUUAUCAAAUUGCUGCUCCACAAAAUGGGUUCCAGUCAAAGCACACGCAAAUUAACCAUCAACAAUGACGAAGACGAUGCCAAUGUCAUCCGCAUAUCUGACUCGGUGGCUCAACGUUUGGCUAACGAGCAAUCAAAACAAUCCGAUAAACAGGAGGUCGCGAGUCCUGCGGUAAGGACAGCUCGCGAAGUGGAGCUCAGUCACACCGCUCAUCCUCACUUCACCAUCUCUGCGUUGGAAAUGCAGCAACAAAAAGAGAGAGAGCUUCAAGAGCAAGAGACUUAUUAUCAACGCAGAUUGCAGAAUUUAGAAAAGACUCAUGAAAAAAUCAAUACUGCUAUUGAUACCGAGUAUAAAAAAGCACUCACUAUUUUUGAUGAUUGUAAAGUCAUCAAAGCUCAGGAUGCCGUUAAACCUUGCAUCGAAAACAGACAAAAAGUUUUGAAAUGUUAUCAAGAGAAUCCAAGAGAAACUCUGAGAUGCGCGAGCUUGGUUGAAGAAUUCUCAAGUUGUGUGGAUCAGCGCAGGGCACAGCUUAUGCGAUGCAAUUAACACAUAAGUUAACUGGUGUCAAAAAACCAAAAAUGGAAAAAUUUUAUUCUGUUUUACUUGAAAAUACAUAAUGACUAGUUGUUGGUAGUAUACAAUGAAUAACUAAUUUGUGGAGUAUUUUGAGAUAUUGAAUGACAAAUGAGUGAAUGCAAAAUACAACUAUCCUGGAGCAAAAUAAAAGUUUGUUGUUCGUGCAAUUUCUAAUUUCCACUAGGUUUGGUCAGAUGAAAGCUCAUGAACUUUGGAUUGUUAUUCAUGGUUCUUAGAAUAUUUUUAUUAAAUAAAAUAUGUAUAAAAAAAA